AUGUUGUACGCGACGAAAGGUAUUAACAGCGACGAAGAUCUGAAGCGUGCCAUGGUUGGUGUAGCAAGUGUUUGGUAUGAAGGAAAUCCCUGCAAUUCUCAUCUUCUUGGUAUCGGUCAGCGCAUUCGCGCUUCGAUCGAAAAAGCCGGUCUCACGGGAUACCAGUUCGGCACUGUGGGCGUAUCAGAUGGUAUCAGUAUGGGAACCAGCGCCAUGUCCUAUUCGCUUCCCAGUCGUGAUUUGAUUGCGGACAGUGUCGAGAGCUGUGUGGGUGGGCACUGGCUAGAUGGCUGUGUGGUCGUGCCCGGCUGUGACAAGAACAUGCCUGGUGUCCUUAUGGCUCUUGGUCGCUUGAACCGUCCUGGUAUCAUGGUAUAUGGAGGAACAAUUCGCCCCGGUCGUUGUGAAUCGAUAUCUGGACCUCUAGACAUUGUCAGUGCCUUCCAGAGCUAUGGUCAAUACCUCGCAUCAGGCUCGUCUGACCAGGCCGAAAAGAUCCGCUACGAUACUGUCCGACACGCUUGCCCGGGUCCUGGUGCAUGCGGUGGCAUGUAUACAGCCAACACAAUGGCAUCUUGCGCCGAGGUACUAGGAAUGACACUGCCUGGUAGCAGCUCGUUCCCGGCAGAGUACCAGGACAAGCAGAACGAAUGUGAUUCGAUUGGGGCUGCUAUGCGGAAACUACUUGAAGAGAAUAUUCGGCCCCGUGACAUUAUGAAGAAGAGUGCCUUUGAAGAUGCCAUAACACUAACUAUGGUACUGGGAGGAUCUACCAAUGUCGUGCUGCACUUGAUUGCCAUUGCUAAGAGUGUGGGAGUUGAAUUGACGAUUGACGAUUUCCAGCGUAUCAGUGAUACAACGCCAUUCCUGGCCGACUUGAAGCCAAGUGGCAAGUAUGUCAUGGAGGAUGUGCAUACGAUCCUAGGUGGUAUUCCCUCUAUCGUUCAUUAUUUGAUUGAAAACAAACUGAUCAAGGGUGAACAUCUUACGGUAACAGGUCGCACACUCAAGGAGAAUUGCGAGCGCUGGGUUGCCGAACGUGGACCUAUGCCCACUAACCAGGACUUGCUGCAUCCGAUCAACAAUCCUAUCAAGGCCACUGGUCAUAUACGUGUUCUCUACGGUAACCUAGCCCCCGGUGGUGCUAUCGCUAAGAUCACUGGCAAGGAAGGACUUCACUUCACAGGAAAGGCUCGUGUCUUUGAUACGGAAGACGAUAUGGUCCACGCUGUCGAACAGAACUUGAUUAAAAGGGGUGAGAAGACGGUGGUUAUUUUGCGCUACAAAGGCCCCAAGGGUGGACCGGGCAUGCCAGAAAUGCUCAAGCCAACAAGUCUAAUUAUGGGUGCUGGUCUCGGUCACGAUGUUGCUUGCCUGACGGACGGCCGCUUCAGUGGUGGCUCUCACGGUUUUGUGAUUGGCCACGUUGUCCCUGAAGCCCAAGAGGGUGGGCCUAUCGCUCUCGUUAGGGAUGGCGAUGUGAUCACAAUCGAUGCUGAAAAGAACACCAUCAACAUCACCAAUGUGGAUGAGAAAGAACUUGCGCGUCGUCGUUCUGAAUGGGUGGCUCGUCCCCUUAAGGUCACUCAGGGCGGCUUAUACAAGUAUACUCGCCUUGUGGCGGAUGCUAGUCAUGGUUGUGUCACUGAUGCCGUUCAGGACCGAGCUGGUAGCAGCACCAAGCAUGACAUUGUUUACUAG